UCUAACUAGUGUGCUGGUGUCUAUGUAAGUGAAUUCCAGGAUCAUCCAAUGCUUGCGAGGGAAUACGAGAGGGUGAGAGCUGGGAAGCCUCCAGUGCUAAUAGACACAACCAGAUAUGUGCUUGAAGUGCCACCUGCAAACAAAUGGAAUGAUGAAUCUGCAUGGAAGCAGGCACUCCAGAAAGCCCAGCGUUUAUUGCAGCAUCAGGAGAUCAGGCUAGAAAAUCUGGACUUGAUGUCAAAGCAUGGCCCUGAAGUUUGGAAGCUGUAUAACCAACAGUUGGAGGCAUCUUUAGCAAGAAUGCAAGCGCAAGUUUUGGAUCUGAAUGGAAAGAUUGAAUCUGUAAAUCGAGAAAGGAAAUAUCACCAGCAAAACACUGCCUAUGAGCUUAGUACUUUAUCUAUACAAUGGAGGGAACUUUGUGUCAAAAACAUAGAAAUCCAAGCUGCAUGUGCUGAAGUCCAAACACAUAUUGAAGAACUGAAGAGAGAAGCUACUGAAAGAGGCUGGAAUUUGGAGGCAAAUAUUAGUAAUGGAUUCCCUCAAGCUGAAAACUGAGGUUAAGAAAAUUGUUAAUCCACUGUUUAAGCUAAAGAGAUCAUGCCAUUCGUGUGCUGGACAGACUCCUCUUGGUCAGGGCAAGUUGUUUACAAUCCCUUUGUUAGAUAUAUGGGAAAGAUUUAAUUGUUGUUUCCCUUGAAGUUAUUGUGCCUCAAUUGGAAAAGGUGAACACUCGGGGGCAUGUUUUCUGCGUGGUGGUAGACAGGUCUUGAGAGUAUAAUAAACAGAAUUUUAGCUCAUUUUUUUUCUUUAAAUAUUUCGUACCAAACAUGCCAUUGUCUGUUGUUAUACUAAAUUUCAAUGAUUUGUGUUUAUGAAACCUAGUUUCUCUUGCCUAGAA